AUGACCAUGGGCUACCAGUGUGGCAAGUUUCAAGUCAAAAUUCGAAAGUCGGAUUUUGCUCGAAACCCAAGCUCUAUAGCCGAAAUUGUGUUGGAUGAAGAUCAACUACAGUACGUUUCAUGGGACGCAUUUUUCACACAUAUUCUCUUACAUGAAGUAGCACAUUCAAAUGGUCCACAUUCAACAAUUGGACCUAAUUCUACCACUGUUCGAGAGCAACUUCAACAAUAUCAUAGUGCAAUCGAAGAAGCUAAAGCAGACAUAACUGGUUUAUUUGCUGCACAUUAUUUUGUACAAAAGGGGCAAAUUUUGCAUAUAUCCUUGGAAAAUUUUUAUGUCACAUUUUUGGCAGGUGGAUUUCGAUCAAUUCGUUUUGGACUUGAGGACUCACACGGACGAGGUCAAGCAUUACAACUAAAUUAUCUAAUUGAUCAAAAGGGUUUUGAAUAUAACAGUCAGACACAACGAUUUCGAGUUAAUUUUGAACAUAUAACACAAGCUGUUAAAAAUUUAACAACACAUAUAUUAAAAUUACAAGGUGAUGGAAAUAAAGAACUUGCUCAAGAAUCAUUAGAUCGGUGGGGAAAUACUCGUGAUUAUACCAAAAUUAUUUUAAAUAAAUUAAAGACAAUUCCCGUUGACGUCAGUCCAAUAUUCUCGGCUGUUGAGUAUUUGCAGGACAAUAUGGGAUAA